UGGUGUGUGUACCUGGUGUGUGUGUCUGGAGCCUGGUGUGUGUACCUGGUGUGUGUGUCUGGAGCCUGGUGUGUGUACCUGGUGUGUGUGUCUGGAGCCUGGUGUGCUGCAGUGUGCCACCUGUGGACCUCUGCUCCUCCUUCAUCCUGUGGAAGUUCAGAUCCUCAAAGCUGUCAUGACAGUGUGAGCCCACAGUGGACACAAGGCCUGUGGCGUGGACAUGGCUGUGCUGUGGACCAGGUGGGACACACUGACCCUGCUGCUGGUCCUGGUCCUGGUCGUGGUGUUUGUGCGUGGUGACUUCGUGGAGCCCCCCCAACCCUCCACAUCCCUGCGAUCGGUGGCUGAGAGUCAGACCCGACUGCCCUGUCACUACCAGGUGGAGCAGGAACAGAAGGUGGUGCAGGUCACAUGGUACAAGGAGCUGUGGGACGGCGGCAAGGACCAGAUCAUCACCGCACACUUUACAGACGGUCACACAGAGUUCGGCCGUUACUCCGGUCGGGUGAAGUUUGAGAGCAGUACCCCCACAGAGAACUCGGCUCUGCUCAUUCCCAGCACAGAGGUGUCGGACGAAGGCUCCUACACCUGCCACAUCUCCACCUUCCCCAACGGAAACUUUGAGAGGCACAUCACACUCACCGUCUGGGUGUUACCCAUCUCAUCCCUGGAUCCCGUGGUCCUGGUGGAGGGCCAGUCCUACCGAACCGCCGCCUCCUGCCGCGCCGUGGGCCGCCCCCCGCCCCGUCUCUCCUGGGACACCGCCCUGCCGGGCCAGUCUCAGAACCGCACCUCUGAGAGCGGCUCCGUUUCCACUUACUUCUCCCUCCACCCUCUGCGAAGCAUGAACGGAAAGCAGCUGGACUGUCUGGUGUGGCACCCAGGCCUGGAGCAGCCACGGCGGAUCCCACACCGCCUGGUGGUUCAGUAUCCUCCAGAUGCGACCAUCGCUCCUGCUACAGCUGACUGGUACGUGGGUUUAGAGAACGCCGAGCUGGUGUGUGACGGCGGAGGAUUCCCCAGACCUCAGAACAUCAACUGGACACGGAAAGGAGAAGCUCUACCAGACGGGACUGUGGUGGUCGGGAGAAGACUGGUGUUUGGACGGGCCUUACGCCUGAAUGACAGCGGACUGUACGAGUGUGUGGUCACCAACAACGUAGGAGUAGGGAGGACAGAGUAUAUGUUCACCGUAACGGAGAAAUCUUUCCUGAAAGGUGAAAUAACAGGUGACAACCUUCUGCUGAUCAUUAUCUGCGCAUCAGCCGGAGUUUUGGUCCUGACCCUGGUCGUCGUCGUCCUCCUGGUGAACCGCCACCACCGCCACCGAAAUAAAAAACUGGAGAUGGAGCUGAGUGAGAAAACGGAAGAAAUUAACAGCCUCUCAAGACAAACCUCAUUCAGACGACUCAACUCCGUCAGCACCGACCCCAGAGUACAGCCUGAAGACUACGCCUUACUCAGAGUCGACAGCAGGAUAAAGAACAGUCAAAUGUCUCUGGAGCGUCCCAUAUACAAAGGCAGCCAGUCCACUCUGGGUGGGAAGUGGGGUCCUCCAGGGGGCGUGGACGUGGACGAGCUGGGCCGUCCCGUCAUCUGGCACGACGGCCUGAGAGGAUCCGAGCUGGAUGGAGAGAAGGAGGAGCGCAGGAGGAGGGUGGAGUCGUACCUGAAGAGCAGCAACAUGUCUCUGGACUCAGGUCUGCCCUCUUCUUUGGUUCCCCUGAAGGCCCAGCAGGACGACUGCACGGGGGGGGCCGGAGAGCAGGACGGGGGCCGCCUUAUGGAUGGACACUCCCCCCACCAGGAGGAGUGGGGUCCCGGCCGCUCCGUGCAGGAGGAGCCCGAGGAUGAAGACGAGGAUGAUGGGAGCAGCAGCUACCAGCUGUCUGAGGCGCUCACCAACCACUUCUACUACAGUAACGGGCAGCUCAGACCCCGCCCACACUCCAACGCCAUCCUGCUGCACCCCCGAGGACACAGACCCCACACGGGCAUCACCAACACAUGAAGGGACCGCACAGGCAGCAAAUCAAACGCACACUAUGAUAAGAGUUAUUUCCCCCAAAUGCUGCAAAGUCUAAUUAGCCCCACAAAUAAUCCAAAUCUGUCUACUUUUGUUUAUGGUUUAAAGGAACUGGGGUGGUUUUCUUUAGGGGGUUUUGUAUGUUGAUAGUUAAUGACCGUGGAAAAUGUAAGCAAGGACGACAGAUGGUGGAAGAACUGUCCCAUCCCAACAUCUGAGAGUCACUAGUUUGAGCAGUGAAUGACACAAAGAUGAGAAAAGGGUUCAUGUUCAAAAGGAUUCAAUGUGUAGAUUUGUGUGGGUUCAAGAAGUUUGUGUUGGAGUCUGUUUUGAGCUGGUUCAAUGUUAAUAUUAGAGCUGCAGCUAUCAAGGAUUUUUGUGACUGUUUCAUCUGUUGAUUAUAUUCUUUGGUUUAAUCAGUUGAGUAUUUGAAUAGGCCAAGAAAUAGUAAAAA